AUGGGUUGCAUGAAGUCAAAGGAAGCUGGUGUCCAAGAGAAGGUGAUCAAAACUGACCCUGACCCCAGCCUCCCACAGGGCCACUACGUGAGGGAUCCCACAGCUCCCAACAGCAAGAACAGUAAUGUCCCCAGCGUGGCUGUGUCCCCACCUGAGGAUGGCUCGGGGGGCACCACGGUGCUGGCACUCUAUGACUAUGAGGGGAUGCAUGCUGGGGACCUGAGCUUCCAGAAAGGGGAGCGGCUGAAGGUGCUGGAGGAGUCAGGGGAGUGGUGGCAAGCACGGUCGCUGGUGACAGGGCGUGAAGGUUUCAUCCCCAGCAACUACGUCGCCCGAGCAGACUCGCUGGAGACAGAGGAGUGGUUUUUCAGGAGCAUCAGCAGGAAGGACGCCGAGCGGCAGCUCCUCGGCCCCGGGAACAUCGUUGGGUCCUUCAUGAUUCGGGACAGUGAGACCACCAAAGGCUGCUAUUCGCUGUCGGUGCGGGACGCGGACACCGGGCAGGGGGGCUCCGUAAAGCACUACAGGAUCCGGACCCUGGACAGCGGUGGCUUCUACAUCUCCUCACGCUGCAGCUUCCAAACGCUGCAGGAGCUGGUGCAGCACUACCAGGGACAGGGUGAUGGCCUGUGCCAGAGGCUCACCCAGCCCUGCUGCGUGCCCAGACCGCAGCAGCCCUGGGAGAAAGAUGCCUGGGAGAUCCCUCGGGAAUCGCUGAGGCUGGAGAGGAAGCUGGGAGCUGGGCAGUUUGGAGAAGUGUGGAUGGCUACCUACAACAAGCACACCAAGGUGGCAGUGAAGACAAUGAAGCCAGGCAGCAUGUCCGUGGCUGCCUUCCUGGAAGAGGCAAACUUGAUGAAGCUGCUGCAGCAUGACAAGCUGGUGAAGCUGCACGCUGUGGUCACCAAGGAGGAGCCCAUCUACAUCAUCACUGAGUUCAUGGAGAAAGGGAGUUUGCUGGAUUUCCUCAAGAGUGGUGAAGGGAACAAGCAGCCACUCCCGAGGCUGAUCGACUUCUCUGCCCAGAUUGCAGAAGGAAUGGCUUUUCUUGAGAAGAGGAACUACAUCCACAGAGACCUGAGAGCUGCCAACAUCCUGGUAGCAGCAACCCUGGUCUGCAAGGUUGCAGACUUUGGCCUGGCUCGAGUCAUCGAGGAUGAUGAGUACACAGCCCGGGAAGGGGCCAAGUUUCCCAUUAAAUGGACAGCACCAGAAGCCAUCAACUAUGGAUCAUUCACUAUCAAAUCAGAUGUCUGGUCCUUUGGGAUCCUCCUGACAGAGAUCAUUACCUAUGGGCGCAUCCCAUACCCAGGGAUGUCGAGUGCAGAGGUGAUCAAGGCGCUGGAGCGCGGGUACCGGAUGCCCCGCACGGAGAACUGCCCCGAGGAACUCUAUGACAUCAUGCUGAGGUGCUGGAAAACCAAACCAGAGGAUCGUCCAACCUUUGAGUCCACACAGAGCAUUCUGGAGGACUUCUUCACUGCUACAGAGAGCCAGUACCAGCAGCAGCUGUGA